AGUUGGGUAUCGAGAGUGAUUUUUUUAGAAGCGAUUUGAAAAUAAUUGAGAAAAUAAUAAUAAUACUCAGGGGUCUACUGGAAAUAUCAGUAAAUGUGUAUAUACGUUGUAUUUACACGAUUAUUACAAGAUAGCAAAGAUUUUCUGGAAGAAAUUGUCGCGUAAGCAAUAACCACCUUAAUAAAAGUUAUGAAAUAAAAUAUAGAUAAUAUUUGUCAAUAGUAGUGUACUGUACCUACCUCUACCUACGUUUCUUCACUCACUGUUCUUCAUCAUGGAUCCAGAAAGACAGCCACUAUUGGGUCCUCGUACCGGGCAAGAUGUUCGUUGCAGACGAUUCAGACCACUAUCCUCGGAAGAAGUCCUGACUUGCCGGCAAGAGGCGACGUGGCGCCGCUGGCGGUUCUUCGUAGUAAUCAUGUUCUGGGCUAUAAUGGCCAUGUUCUUAUCGAGUAUUGCCACCAUACUGCUGCAAGCGCCUCGUUGUCCUGUGCCAAGCCCUUCGGUGGCCCCUGUCCACCUUAAUUUCGCGCCUCUAAUUGCAACCACUAGUGACAAACAGCCGGCUUGGAUGACGUAGUGACGGGAUGACGUAGUGAGCGAAUGUCGUAGUGACGGGAUGAUGUAGUGGAUGUCGUAGUGACGGGAUGAUGUAGUGAUCGAAUGAUGUAGUGACCGAAUGACGUAGUGACCGAAUGACGUAGUGACCGAAUGACGUAGUGACCGAAUGACGUAGUGACCGAAUGAAGUAGUGAUCGAAUGACGUAGUGACCGAAUGACGUAGUGACCGAAUGACGUAGUGACCGAAUGAAGUAGUGACCGAAUGAAGUAGUGACCGAAUGAAGUAGUGGCCGAAUGAUGGGGUGACCGAAUGACUGGGUGACCGAAAGACGUAGUCAACGAAAGACAUAGUCACAGAAAGACAUAAUGACAGAAUGACGUAGUGACGGAAUUACGUAACAUGACUUAAUAAAAUAAAGACGUAGUAGCUUUAAGGGGUCUUUAUGUAAACUAUAUUUAUAGCAAAUAUGUUUGUAACAUUUAUUUAUAGAUUGAGAAGUCAAUACAAAAUCACAUUUACGUUUGUACAAAAAUAUAUAACGUACACUUAUGUAACUAUUAGAAUUAUAUAAACAUAAGACACUGACAAAUCAUAAUUAAUACUGUAAUGAUAUUAUUAAUUAGUGUUACUAGGAAACGAUAAAAUUACUAUUAAAGUAAUUGUAUCUCAUCUAGUUUAAAUUAUUAUUUACGGUAUUUCGAGUAAUUCAUAUUUGUAUUUACUACUCAUGCGAGUCAAAUUGGUACUUUUCGAAAAUGUAAUUUUAGGGUUGGUAUCGGUGAACAGAAAUGAACAUGGAAGCAUUUUCGUGGGUCAAAAACAACGUAACGAAAAUCAUACCAAGAGGAGCGGGGCUUUAAAACCAUGCCGUCAUACCUGGUAGUGUUGCCCGAUAAUCGAUUAUUGCAAUAUUAUCGAUUAUAUUGAUUGUUGCAAUAUUAUCGAUAGUUUUGCAAUUAUUUUACAAUCGAUAGUGUCGAUAUAAUCGAUUAUCGACACAAUUAGAUCUAAAAAGAUUAUAAUCGAUAUAAUUGUAGAAAUUCCAAUAUCGAUAUUUAGAUUAUUUAGGGAUAAAUAAUCGAUUAUUCGGGAACACUAAUACCUGGCCUUUAUUGCUGUGGUAUAAAAGUAUAAAUCGGCGUGUGCCUUUUGUCGCUUACCGAAACAUAAGUGGCUUUUGAAUUUCAGUGUACGAUUUUGCUUCUGGGAGUGUGUUUUUGAAUUUUAGUGUAAGAUUUUGCUACUGUCUUUUUGAAUUUUAGUGUACUGUGAGUGUGUUUUUUUUUGUUUUGGUAUCAAUAAUCAACUGUAGCGAGUAUGAAGAGAUUUGCUUCCUUUUAUUUUCGUUCACCGAUUCUUACUAUAGAGAUGCAGGAGUAUAUAGUCGCAUUUUCGCAUGGUAUCAAGUGGACUCAGAAUGAGUAGUCUAUUAUAGUAGAAUCUAGAAAUAUAAUUAUGUAAUUUAAAUCUGAACUAUGCAACCAGUAGAAAAUACACCGCUAUAAUUUCAUUACGUCUAUAU